AUGGAAUUACACCCAUUGCCCGAGAUCGGUGAAGUCCUUGUGGCCACCGGGGGCUUAUAUGCGCCCACGAUCCGAUACGAUGACGGCACCUUUUAUGUCAUAUGCACCAAUGUCGAUAUCUGGGCCGACAACUGGAGCGAUCCAGUCUAUUUCGAAUUCGAUGGUAUCGACCCCAGCGUCUUCUUUGAUGACGACGGCAAAACAUACAUUCAGGGAUCCGCCGCAGCCGGCCCUUCCACCCCGAUCAACAUGUUCGAGCUCGAUCUCAGCUCCGGCGGAAAGCUCUCAGAGGAGAGAACGAUAUGGCGCGGUACCGGAGGUAUCUACCCCGAGGGCCCACACCUGUAUAAGCGGAAAGGUUAUUAUUAUCUGGUCAUCGCAGAAGGGGGAACUCAUGAAGGGCAUAUGGUGACCAUGGCGCGAUCAACAAACCUCUGGGGUCCACACGAAGGGUGUCCCCACAAUCCGAUACUUACAGCACGAACCACCGAUGACUAUAUCCAGUACACCGGUCACUACGAUGUUUUUCGGGACGACAGGGGCCAAUGGUGGUGUACCUGUCUUGGCGUGCGGAAGGAUAGGAAUGGUCGCUAUAUCAUGGGCCGGGAAACGUUUCUGACUCGAGGGAGCUGGGAUGGAGACUGGCUCUCCCUUGAGCAGGUCAAACUAACGCCUAGUGGCCUUCUAGGCAGCGACGAGGAGAAAACGCUCAUUGCCGACCCCGCCAUCGAUUACGUCUACAUUCGCGAUGCCGAUCCAAGCAAUUACACCCUGUCCAGCAGUACUCUUGACCAUCUGACGCUGACUGCCUCAACCGCCGAUCUGUCACAUCCUGAGCUCAGUCCUAGCUUUAUCGAGCUUGCUAUCGUUGUUGAGGUAAUCAACAGGCCAAAGGAGAUUUAUCGACAGGAGCGGCAGACACUUGAUCGACCCAAGUCAAUUGCGUUUCGAAUGCAAUAUACGGAGCAGGAGUAUCGGCUGUUUUACACCGUUGCAGACGCUGCUCAGCCGAAUUGGACGUGCGUAUCGACGAUUGACACUCUGGAUCUAACCGGCCCCGAUUUUACAGGCCCGGUAAUUGGCGUCUUUGCGGUGGCAGAGGCAACAGAUACUGCGGUUCAGUUUAGGAAUCUCACUAUUUGCUAG